UACAGAAAUUGAUCACAACAUUCGAAUAUUGUUCAAAUAAUAAAAGUUGUCUAAUAUGAAAAGGAUUUCUAUAAAUAACUAGUAAUUAAUUGCGGUACUAAUUCCCAUGGAAUUUGGUUGUUAUAGAGCAUGGCAUUCAAGUGAGUAUUUAAUUAAUUUCGACAACAGAUUUAGCUUAGUACUGAUGCCAUAUCAGUUCUAACAUGGAGGUUAUCAUUGGAGGAUCUGGUGUAUUGGUGCAAUUCUUCGUUUAUAAUAUUGCCACUGAUAUUUCAGUUUGUUUUCAAAAUGUAACAGGACUCCGCGAAUGUUGCAGCGACUAUAGAAAUGUUUCUGGAAAAUGCGAAAAAUGCAUCGGUUUGUUUGGGAAGAAUUGUACCACUGAAUGCAGUGAUGGUUAUUAUGGGCAUGGCUGCCGCUAUAGGUGUAACUGCACAGAACAGUUUCAGAUUUGUGAUUCAAAACACGGAUGCAUUGAAGAGUCUACGAGAAAUUCGAAUUCAGUAUCAAACUCCUAUGGAUAUGCUCUUUGUGGCUUCAUGUUUCUUCUAUUAAUGGGAGUUAUUACUUACUUUAACCAAAAAAUGAGAAAACGAAACAUGUCAAGUGGAAGAUCUUCAGAUAAGGAUGGCGAAAAGCAAGAUAUCCAGGUAGAUGGCAUUUACUCAUAUAUAAAAGAACCAAGGAUUCACGAUCAAUCUAGAAAUUUCGAUUUACCCAAUUACUUCUGUGACAAUACUGAGCCAAACAGAAUGGACAUAGCCAAAAAUAAAACACCAAGCCAAGUCAGAUUACCGUUAACUCGCUCUGAAAUGCUAGACUCAAACGUAUACGAUCUUUGCAACAGAUUAAACAGUCCAUCAUCUUCGCCUAUCUACUCAAGCGUAAUAAACCAUGACUAUGACUUUGCAUGUUUCAAAUCAUCCAGAUCUUUAUCUUUAUCAAAAUUAGAAGACAACAAUGGUAGUCGAUAUCAUAAAGAAAAUAAUGAAGGCCUCAUUAACCAGUAUGAUGAAUUUCGACCUAUGAUGAAUCGUCCAUAUAGUUCCGUGAAAUACGACAGACAAACCACAACGGACACCAAUGAUGAGUGAAGUAAUUCAUUUAAGGGAUACGGUGACAAUUUUGGUCAAUUGUUUUUCCCGGU